AUACCAGAUCCGUUAAACUCAGUAGGCGUUGGGGUAGCCAUUGGGUUGGCCAUUGCUGUUGUCUUGGCGCUCAUUGUUGGAGCAAUUUUCCUCAUUUACCGACGAAUCAAAACAGGUAGUGUAAAUAUAUCAAGCUCUCGCAAAUACAGAAUUUCUCGCAUUGAAGUCGGAAAUGAUGAUUCUCUGGAAAAAGAAAGUACCACUAUGGAUGAUUUGGAAACAGUUUCAAAUUUGAGUUCUUCCGCUGAAACAAAGCUAGAGCCUGAAAAUGAAGGGACCAGCAAUUCUGACAGCAAAACGCAGCCCCAGCAAGGUACCACUAUGGAUGAUUUGGAAACAGUUUCAAAUUUGAGUUCUUCCGCUGGAACAACGCUAGAGCCUGAAAACGAAGGGAUCAGCAAUUCUGACAGCAAAACGCAGCCCCAGCAAGGUUCCACUAUGGAUGAUUUGGAAACAGUUUCAAAUCUGAGUUCUUCCGCUGGAACAACGCUAGAGCCUGAAAACGAAGGGAUCAGCAAUUCUGACAGCAAAACGCAGCUCCAACAAGACAACCACCCGUCAGAGACACCAAAGCCGGAUGCAGCACCCGGGAUCCCAGAGCAAAACCCUUAUGAUGAUCUUGAAGAUACGAAUAACAAAGGUGAGGCGCAGGACAAGAAACCGCCACAUGAAUCGAACCCGUAUUCUGCACUUGGAGCCAGAGAGGAAAAGCUGUAUGAGUGUAUUGGAGACCAGACUAAAACAGAAAUAGACUGAAGCACAGUUUCACAGUUUAUGAAUAGAGAUGCUGAUGUCAAAAAGAAAACAACUGAAGAAAAACAUAGUGAACAGUUUGUUUGUCUAAUCGUGUUUAGUGACAGUUGCGUUAAGUACUCAAUUUUAUUUGCAAAUAGUAUUUAACAUGGCACUAUUGUGUAGCGACCUGUGAAACUUGUAUGGCUAACAAGGUGAUCUCAGAAACUUAAUUAUGAAAAUAACCCACUAAACCAAGCAUAGUUAACUCACUAGUUAUAUUUUCCAUGGCUAUCUGUAUUACUUUUUCUGGACGCAUUUUGCACAGUCAGCAAACUUGCUUCUUACUCAAGGCAGUAUAGCAAAAGAGACAUAGAAAUUGCAAAACUGUAUGUAAUAAAACAAAUAACAUAGCAAAAAUGUAGAAGGAUAUAAUUAGUGGAACUAUUUUAAAUUCAGUAAACAUAAGUUAGGAAACACUAUUUUAAUCGUAUGCCUCAGUAGGGACUAUUCUAUCUAUUAGGCAUGAUAAUUACCUUUCUUUGAACAUCGGCAAUAUUAGUGGUAGAAUCAGAAUUAGGUCCACACAAAUAAGCUGCUGUUUGACUGUUUUUAUCUUAUUGCAGACAGUUUUAUAAUGCAAAUUAAUAUUAUUAGAUUGAAUUUGAUAGAUGACGCCAUUUAGUUCGCUAAGAUGUGUAACUUGUUCACACUGAAGACUUCUUUGUGGUAAUUCCAAACCCUGCAAAUACAUGUAGCACGUUUAGUGUAAAAUGGGUGUAGUCCGGCCAGUUUUAGUAGGUGUAUUUGUUAAAAACCAAAAUCAUGCGAGAAAGAACUGAACAGGGGUUGUCUUUUUCAGAAGAUAUUGUAACACACAUACCCAACCCCAACUCCAACCCCACCUCCCCCACCCAACCCCACCACCCCCACCUCGAUAUGCAAAGUUGAAUAAACCAAAUACAAGUGCCUACUGAUAUUAAUAAAAGUAACCUAACUGAAAGUGUUGUGCUGGGUAUAAAACACAUUUACUAUUUAACACUGUUACACGAUUCCGGAUGGUUUACGGUUGCAUUCUUCUGACCCACUAGGAUCGAUCCCCGUCGGUGGGUCCAUUGGACUAUUUUUCGUUCCAUCCAGUGCACCACGACUGGUAUAUCAAAGGGCGUGGUAUGUGCUAUCCUGUCUAUGGG